AUGGAGGUGGAGACCCCCCCCGAGCCCCCCACUCUACUGAAGACCUACAAAUGGCGAACGGCGGCACCCGUGGGUGACCGGGAAGCCGAGAAGGCCACCGGGCCACCCGGCCACCGGGCCACCGAGUCCCCGGGCAGCCGGCGCUGGACCCGCUUGCAGGGCUGGAAACGUUCCUACAGCCACCCCGAGUCCGAUGGCCACCAGGAUGGGGCUGGGAGGGGCCACUCCGGUUCUGGGGGGACACCCAAGGCCACCCCCCGCCGGUCCCUCUUCCAACGGGCGUUUUCGGCCCCCUCCAAGGGGACCAAGGAGCCGCGGGGACCCGAGGGUGGCAGGGCCACCCUGCAGAAGUACCUGCGCUCCAUGUCCAAGAGGAAGGGGCACGGGGAGAGCGGUGGCCCCAGGGCAGAGCCCGUGGCCCAGGAGGCCGUUCCAGUGAGCACCCAUGGGACUCCGGCACCCGACGCCCUGGUGUGGGACGUCUCCAACUUCUCCUUGGUGGAUGGUCACUUGGUCCUGGUGGGCAGGGACGAGGAGGCCUCGUGCCGCAGCAGGACCCGGACGGGGAGCUCCAUCUCCGACAGCACCAACCUGCACGGGGCGGGCGGCCGGAGGGACCCCGGCCACGUGCUGUGCACGAGGAAGUGUGCCAGGCGGUCGUGCAACCUGCACCAUGUGCUGGUCCCCAGCCGCAGCGGUUCGCGGGAGUCGCUGCUGCCACCCCCCAGCCUGGCAGAGCUGGACCUCACCGGGGACAACGUCAUCGUCCGGCCCGUCCACGGCAGCAUCGUGGGCGAGAAGUUCUGCUUUCAGAUCAUCACGGGCGAGGGCAGCCGGUCCUUCGGGUGCACCUCCUUGGCCGAGCGCGACCGCUGGAUCGAGAACCUGCGCCGCACCGUGCAGCCCAACAAGGACAACUGUGAGCGGCUGGAGCUGGCCCUGAGCCUGUGGGUCUACGAAGCACGGGACCUGCCACCUCGGCGGCGUCUCCGUUGCCACCUCCACCUGGACGGCACCCUCUUCGCCCGCACCACCGCCAAGGGGGCCGGCCCCGACGAUUCAUCCACCACCCGCUGUGUCCCCCUUGUCCCCCACCACCCACAGGACAACUGUGAGCGGCUGGAGCUGGCCCUGAGCCUGUGGGUCUACGAAGCACGGGACCUGCCACCUCGGCGGCGUCUCCGUUGCCACCUCCACCUGGAUGGCACCCUCUUCGCCCGCACCACCGCCAAGGUGGCCGGCCCCGACGGCGAGCUCUUUUGGGGUGAACUCUUCCAGUUGGCUGCCCUCCCGCCCUCCCGCGCCCUCACCCUCGCCCUUUGCCGCGAUGACCACCCCGGCCAACCGGUGGCCUCCAUCACCAUCCCCUUGUCCGAGCUGGCGGCCGCCCGGCAGCCCUUGGAGCGCUGGUACCCGCUGAGCGCUCCGGCGGGAGGUGAGCGGGUGCCGUCGGUGAGGGUGCGGGGCCGUUACCGGGAGGUGCAGGUGUUGCCCAUCGUGCGCUACAAGGAGUUGGCCGAGUUCAUCACCUUCCACUACCGGGAGCUGUGCGCCCGCCUGGAGCCCACCAUCGCCGUACGGCACAAGGAGGAACUGGCCGGCGCUUUGGUCCGCGUCUUGCAGAGCACUGGGAAGGCCAAGUCGUUCCUCAUUGACCUUGGUGUGGCCGAGCUGGACCGUUUCGACGACCGGGAGGCGCUGAUCUUCCGUGAGAACACGUUGGCCACCAAAGCCAUCGACGAGUACAUGAAACUGGUGGGGGGCAAGUACCUCCAGGACACGUUGGGUGAGGCCGUGGCCCAGCUCUGCACCUCAGAUGACAGUUGCGAGGUGGAUCCCAGCAAAUGUGCUGGCCUUGACCUCUCCGACAACCAGAACAACCUACGGCAGGUCUGCGAGGAGACCUUCCAGCGCAUCGCCACGUCCUGCGAGGCCUUCCCAGCAGAGCUGGGCGAGAUCUUCGCGGCCUGGCAGGAGGAGUGCGCGGCGCGGGGCAAGACCCCCAUCGGGCAGCGCCUGGUCUCGGCCUCCCUCUUCCUGCGGUUCCUCUGCCCCGCCAUCAUGUCCCCCAGCCUCUUCGGCCUGGUCCAGGAGUACCCCAGCGAGGCCACCGCCCGUACCCUCACCUUGGUGGCCAAGGUCAUCCAGAACUUGGCCAACUUCACCACGUUUGGCGAGAAGGAGGCCUACAUGGGCUUCAUGAAUGAGUUCUUGGAGCACAACUGGAGCACCAUGAGGGACUUCCUGCAGAGCGUGGCCAACCCCGAGAGCAGCGUCCACAUGGCCACCUACGACGGCUACGUGGACCUGGCCCUGGAACUCGCCACCCUCCACCUCCUGCUCUGUGACAUCUUCUCCAGCCUAGACCAGGCCACGCAGGAGGAGCUGGAGCCCCUGCCCACCAUCCUCACCGCCAUCAAGGAGGGGACCCCUGUCCCCGUCUCCGUCCGGCUCAGCUCCACCAUGGAGCGAAGGUACCGCCCAGCAGAGAGCUUCAAACCAGGCUUCGUGCCACCACGGGACCUGAGCAAACACAGUCCCCUCAUCAAAAGCCAGUCCCUCAUCAGCAUCCGCCGCGUUCGGGGCCGGGAGGAGGGACCGGAACCAUCACCGGCACCGGUACCAUCACCGCCACCGUCCAGCCGGGAACGCCGGAACGUGCAACGCACCCAGAGCGUCCCGGCACAGAACAAAGCCACCCGGCGCCUCCGCAAGCAGAGCAGCGUCGAGCACGUGGAGAGGCCACCGACCGAGGACAACCCAGGGACACUCACCCACCGUGACGCCCCGGGUCGCGGGAAGAUUCGCUCGUCGGUGUCGCUGCCGCGCAAAUCGACGGUGCCGUGGCAGCGCUACGCGGAGGAGGCGGCGGUGGCCCAGGGCGAGCUCUACGCCAUCCACCCCCUGGAGAAGCACGGGCGGUUGAUCGAGGGGUUGAGGAAGGAGGUGGGGGAGAACCAGGAGAAGAUUCGGUUGAUGGAGAUGAAGGUCGGGGAGAUGGAGGAGCAGCACCGGGAGCAGCUGGAGAGGCUCCGGAAGCAGCUGGAGGAGGCCAACGCCCGGGCGGCAAAUUUGGGGGCCAGGUUGACGGCGGCCGAGGGCACCAGGAAGAAGGAUCUGGAGAGGCUGAAGAGCAGCGAGGAGAAGAACCGGGAGCUGGAGAGACGGCUGUCGGCGCUGGAGAGGGAGCAGGCGGAGCUGCGGGGUGCCAUGGCCCAAACCCUGGGCCACCCUGGCAGGACGGGACGGCGGAUGGUGGCACGGGGCUGGGACGAGAGCGGUGACGACGCUCAGGCCACCAGCGUGUGACCGGCUUGUCCCCAACAUGUCCCCAGUGUCACCCCACCAU